CUCCACACAGCCCGGCCGGACUCCAGCGCUGCGCGCUGCCGCCGGUGCCCGCAUCCCGCACCCCGCACCCUGAGCCCGCCAGCCGGCCAGCGGCGCCACCAACCGCAACAUGCCACAGAAAACACCAAAAAUUUACUCCGUGGAGCUCAGUGGAACCAAAGACAUGGAGAAAGACGACAAAGGAGAUGGCCAAGAGAGGUACAGGGACCUGAAGGACGACUGUGUGGAAUUCAAAAAGAGUCAUCAGAAAGAGAGUCAUCAGAAGAAGGACCUUACGAAAGAACUGGACCUGGAUGACCACAAACUCAGCAUCAAGGAAUUGGAAAAGAAACAUGUUACAAGCAUCAUUACGGGUCUCUCCAGCAGCAGAGCUGCUGAGCUUCUGGCUCGGGAUGGGCCCAACGCCCUCACCCCUCCUAAGCAGACACCAGAGAUCAUCAAGUUCCUCAAGCAGAUGGUGGGGGGGUUCUCCAUCCUCCUAUGGGCAGGAGCCGUCCUGUGCUGGAUUGCAUAUGGGAUUCAGUAUGCCAACGAUAAGUCCGCAACCCUAGACAACGUGUACUUGGGUGCAGUGCUUGCCCUGGUCGUCGUUUUAACGGGGAUGUUUGCUUAUUACCAAGAGGCAAAGAGCACCAACAUCAUGGCCAGCUUCAGGAAGAUGAUUCCCCAGCAAGCUCUUGUCAUCCGUGAUUCAGAGAAGAUAGUAAUCCCUUCAGAGAUGCUGGUGGUGGGGGACAUCGUGGAGAUUAAAGGAGGGGACCGGAUUCCCGCAGACAUCAGGGUGCUGUCUUCUCAGGGAUGUAAGGUGGACAACUCCUCUCUCACUGGGGAAUCUGAGCCCCAACCCCGCUCCCCUGAAUUUACUCACGAAAACCCUCUGGAAACAAAGAACAUUGCCUUUUAUUCUACAACCUGUCUGGAAGGCACGGCAACCGGCAUGGUCAUUAACACUGGCGACCGCACCAUCAUUGGACAGAUUGCCUCCUUGGCAGCAAGAGUUGGGAAUGAGAAGACGCCCAUUGCCAUUGAGAUCGAGCACUUUGUUCACAUUGUGGCAGGAGUGGCCGUCUCCGUCGGCUUCCUGUUCUUCAUCAUUGCAGUGUGCAUGAAGUAUUAUAUCCUGGAUGCCGUCAUCUUCCUCAUUGGCAUCAUUGUGGCCAAUGUGCCCGAGGGCCUUAUUGCCGCUGUCACUGUGACUCUGUCUUUGACAGCAAAACGGAUGGCCAAGAAAAACUGUCUGGUGAAGAAUCUGGAGGCUGUGGAGACCCUCGGCUCCACCUCCAUUAUCUGCUCAGACAAGACCGGAACCCUGACCCAGAACCGCAUGACUGUGGCGCACCUAUGGUUCGACAAUCAGAUCUUCAUGGCUGACACUAGUGAAGAUCAUUCGAACCAAGUCUUUGACCAAAGUUCUGGUACCUGGGCUUCCUUAUCCAAGAUAAUAACGUUGUGUAACCGAGCUGAGUUCAAGCCAGGCCAGGAAAGUGUCCCCAUCAUGAAGAGAGUCGUGGUUGGAGAUGCCUCAGAAACUGCUCUUUUGAAAUUCUCAGAGGUCAUUGUGGGUGAUGUGAUGGAAAUUAGGAAAAAAAACCGCAAAGUAGCUGAAAUCCCUUUUAACUCUGUCAACAAAUUUCAGCUCUCCAUACAUGAGACGGAUGACCCCAAUGACAAACGCUUCCUCUUGGUGAUGAAGGGGGCCCCCGAGCGGAUCUUAGAGAAAUGCAGCACCGUCAUGAUCCAUGGCAAGGAGCAGCCACUGGACAAGAGCACAGCAGAGGGCUUCCACACAGCCUACUUGGAGCUGGGCGGACUGGGCGAGCGGGUACUAGGUUUCUGUCAUCUCUACCUGCCAGCAGACAAGUUUCCAGAAAACUACUCAUUUGAUGUAGACAACAUCAACUUCCCCACAUCUGACCUCUGUUUCGUGGGGCUCUUGUCAAUGAUUGAUCCCCCUCGAUCCACUGUGCCAGAUGCAGUCACCAAAUGCCGGAGUGCGGGAAUCAAGGUUAUUAUGGUUACAGGUGAUCAUCCCAUCACAGCCAAAGCUAUUGCCAAGAGUGUCGGGAUCAUUUCAGCCAACAGUGAGACAGUGGAAGACAUUGCAAGACGCCUCAACAUUGCUGUGGAGCAAGUCAACAAAGAGGAUGCUAAAGCCGCAGUAGUGACGGGCCUGGAACUGAAGGACAUGAACCCAGAGCAACUGGACGAGCUUUUAACCAACUACUCAGAGAUUGUCUUUGCCCGGACCUCCCCCCAGCAGAAGCUGAUCAUCGUGGAGGGCUGUCAGAGGCAGGAUGCAGUUGUGGCUGUGACAGGGGAUGGAGUUAAUGACUCCCCAGCUCUGAAGAAGGCAGACAUUGGAAUUGCCAUGGGAAUAGCAGGUUCGGAUGCAGCCAAAAAUGCAGCUGACAUGGUCUUGCUGGAUGACAACUUUGCAUCGAUAGUCACAGGGGUGGAGGAAGGCCGCCUGAUCUUUGACAACCUAAAGAAGACAAUUGCUUACACCCUGACCAAGAACAUUGCCGAGCUUUGUCCUUUCCUGAUCUACAUCAUCGCUGGGGUCCCCUUGCCCAUUGGCGCCAUUACCAUCUUGUUCAUCGACUUGGGCACGGACAUAAUCCCUUCCAUUGCCUUGGCAUAUGAGAAAGCUGAAAGCGACAUCAUGAGCAGGAAGCCUCGCCACAAGAAGAGAGACAGACUGGUGAACCUGCCGCUUGCUGUGUACUCUUACGUGCACAUUGGCCUCAUGCAAUCCCUGGGAGCUUUCGUGGCGUAUUUCACCGUCUAUGCACAGCAGGGCUUCCUACCCGGCAGAGUUAUUAACCUGCGAGUAGAGUGGGAAAAGAGUUACGUGAAUGACUUGGAAGACAGCUAUGGGCAGGAGUGGACGAGUUCCCAGAGGACGUACCUUGAGUGGACAGGCUACACGUCCUUCUUUGUUGCCAUCAUGGUCCAGCAGAUAGCAGAUCUGAUCAUCAGGAAAACCCGGAAGAAUUCCAUCUUCCAGCAGGGUCUCUUCAGAAAUAAAUUCAUCUGGGUAGGGAUCGCCUCACAGAUCAUCAUUGCCCUGAUCCUCUCCUAUGGCCUUGGGAGUGUCACGGCCCUGAAUUUCACCAUGCUUAGGCCUCAGUAUUGGUUUGUGGCUGCCCCACAUGCCAUCUUGAUUUGGGUGUAUGACGAGAUGCGGAAACUCUUCAUCAGACUCUACCCUGGAAGCUGGUGGGACAAGACCAUGUAUUAUUAAGACCACUUCACUUCCCACAUCUUCCAGCAGCACGUUGAGGGUGUUCAUCUUCCGGCUGCUUGCUCAGAGGGCUCUGUGCAGCUCGGACAUCAUCAAAACCCGUACAACAGAAAACUCGGAAAAUUGUACUAAAGAUACACAUGUGUUUUAUACUUUAAAGCUGUUUCUGUAUGAGUUUCACCUCUAUCUCGUUUUAAAAUGUGCAAAUUUCAAGAUAAUGGUUUAGAAAAAAAAUGUGUUUAUAUGUAUAUAAAAGUCAUUGAUGUUAAAUAGUCUUGUGUAACCUGAGCGUCUGCUGGGGGUCUGCCUUAAACUCUAGAUAGGAUUGCUAAGACCUUCACUCCAUACCCUAUUAAAGUCCCAAAGACCUCCCUGAGAUUUCCAUGAAUCUACCUAGAAUAUAUUUUCAUGGUCACCUCGGUCAAAAAAGUUUGCAAGAGAUUGAAGUGAUGGCAGGCUUGUAUCAUAGCAGUACGAAUUCAGCUUUGACUCAGAGACAUCCACAUGAAGGACCUCACCACCUUGUCAUGACAGUCCUCCGGGCUGUGUCACUGUCUCCCUCCUCCUAUCACCUCCAUACCUCUUUCCUAUCCCCUCCACAUCACCCUUCAUCCCAUCCCUACCACCAGCUCCUCCAAAACUGGACCCCAAGUUCAUUUUGCAUAUCCUUAAUUCAAAAUGCUCAACUCAUCCAGAGAUGGUCAUUCGCGAUUCAACCUCAGUAGACAGCCCUUAUGGUUUAAAUAGUAAUAUUUAUUUCUUGUAUGACAGUUGCCAAGUGCUCUCCAGCAAUAACAUUAUGUCAACCAUGUUUGUUUCAUGUAUUAAACUAUGUUUAUACAUGUGACAGUGAUGUUAAUGUUGGCAGGCCCAAAGAGGCCUCAUUUUUAAAUAAAAAUAUUUCAUAA